CUCUGCUUCACUCAACUUUCGCUUUCUCUAUCCCGUAAAGAAGCCCCUACAUUGCUCGAACGGUCGUCAUUAUUCCUUAAAACUUCGAAAUACAAACCCAUAUCCAAAUAAAAAUAUAUAAAUUUCGUUUUCUUUUUGCGGAAUUUUUAGUUCAGUUCCCAAAAUUUUCUGCAUUAUCAUCAUCGCCCGUAGAUGUUUUCGAGGAGCUAUCAACUGGCCAACAAAGAUCAAUACCAAGUCCUCAAUCCUCAUACAUUCCUAACCCUUUGCAGGUUAAGCCAAGAAAAAGCUUGCAACUGUGUAUACAUUAUAUAUAAAAAGAGUGAAGAGACGAGAACCAUUCCAAUCGCUUGGUGAAGCAGGAAGAGAACACUUAAUGGCUCCCACAUUCGGCAAAUGCUUCAGGUUCUGCUGCGCUAAUACCUCUCCGGGAGAAGAAGACGAGAUGGCAACGGAAUCGUACGAAGCCGCCAUUAAAGGACUGAAUGAUCUUCUCAGUAAGAAAACAGAUCUGGGGAACGUAGCCGCGGAGAAGAUCAAAGUGUUGACGCAGGAGCUGAAGGAGCUUGAUGCCUCCAACAACGACGCCGUUGAACGUAUCAAAUCCGGUUUCACCCACUUCAAAACCGAAAAAUACUUGAAAAAUGAUGCUCUGUUCAGUGAUCUUGCCAAGGGUCAGAGCCCAAAGUUUCUGGUAUUCGCUUGUUCAGAUUCUAGAGUUUGUCCAUCUCACAUUUUGAAUUUCCAACCUGGAGAAGCCUUUGUCGUCAGAAACAUUGCUAACAUGGUUCCACCUUUCGACCAGAAGAGACAUUCUGGAGUUGGUGCCGCCGUUGAAUACGCAGUUGUACAUCUCAAGGUGGAGAACAUUGUGGUGAUAGGCCAUAGCUGUUGUGGUGGCAUUAAGGGACUCAUGUCCAUUGAAGAUGAUGCUGCACCAACUCAGAGUGACUUCAUAGAAAACUGGGUGAAGAUAGGAGCACAAGCAAGGAACAAAAUCAAGGAAGAGAAUCAAGACCUAAGCUACGACGAUCAGUGCAACAAGUGUGAGAAGGAAGCUGUGAAUGUGUCGCUUGGGAACUUGCUUUCGUACCCAUUUGUGAGAGCUGCAGUAGUGAAGAACACACUCGCAAUAAGAGGAGCUCACUACGAUUUCGUCAAAGGCACGUUUGAUCUCUGGGAGCUUGAUUUCAAGACCACUCCUGCUUAUGAAUUCUCUUGA